AUGUCAGAGCGACGCCCCACGAACGAUCUACCUGGUAGCCAGGGAGUCCCAGCACGGGACGAGCGAACGCCGCAAGCUUCGUCGGCAGGAACUCCGAGCCUGAGUGUCCCGAGCAGCAGCGGCACAUCUAGCGGCACAUCCAGCGGCACAUCCAGCGGCAUAUCCAGCGCAAGUCUAGCUCAAGAACCCCACGAAAUAACCCACUAUCGCUCCCUGGUCAACAGGCUGUUGGGCUUUAUCGCUACCCGCGACGAAGAGGCAGUGGCCCGCAUCAUCUCCACGAUUCGCUCCGGCGCCACGCACGACCAAAUCCUCGAUGAAAUUGAUCAGCUUUCCGCUGGCUCCGACCUCGCGAACGGGAACACUAACGGUACUCGUGAUGGUCGUUCUUGA